AUGGAUCUGCAAACGCCGUCUGUGCUGGCCCAGCUGCCUCGCCCGCUGCAUGCAUCUGCAGGCCAGACCCAGAUUGGCGAGGUGUUCAGUCUGGCGGACUCGAAGAAGCGCAAGAGAUACGAGGUGGUCGUGGCCGUGGACGGAGAGGCCGUGAACAUUUACAAUGUUCAAACUCCGAAACUGGUCACGUCAUAUGCGGUGCCUCCUCAGUCGGCGUUUUCGUGUCGACCUUGCUCCGUGCGCAGGAAAUUGACACAGAAAGCCUCCGUCAAGAGACAGACUUACAGCGCGGUAGAACGACCUGAACGGCAGAUCAAGUGUUUUUUUGAAGAGACUAGUGGCCGUGGAACCAGUGCGCCGGUGUUGUCGUCGUCUUCCUUCUCCGUGAAGGACUCGGACAGCCCGGCGAUCUUUGUUGGCAUUGUGCCGACGGGCGUCAGCGACGAGGAGGAGACCGAGGAGCCCUUCGACGUUCUUGCUGUCCACAAGGACGGCCGCGUGCGGAGGCUGGCUGCCGAUCUCCAGAACCAACGGUGGAAUCUCCAGCACAGUGAGAUGGCCAAGAUCUCGUCAACCCACGAGGUGCAUUCCUGCUUCCUGGUUGACUUUGACGACCUGAAGAAGUCUCUUUUCCGGAGACGCCAGGAUCUUGCGGCUCUGGCUUUGAGCGAUGCUAUGGCCUCCGGGUCCAGCGAGCCCUCGAUCUUGCUGAUGGUGUCGCAUCCGAGCGGGACUGACCCCAUCUCGCUGAAGGACGUGCACGUACACAUCUUCGCGGUCUCGGCUGCGAUUGAGCCCAGCGGAUUCAGCGCGGAUGAGGAUCGGAAGCUGAGACAUUUGCUCACAGUCGAUUUGCCCGAGCUCGAGGGCCAGAUGGCAGUGGAGCGAAAGAAUCUGCAAUGGAGCUUCCACUCCGGGUCGGCCGGCCUGAGCCUGUCAUUUGAGCGCGGGUUCAUCAGCUUUGAUCUGUCGCAGUACGCACCCACUGUGGCCUCGCAGUUUAUCCUUGAAGAGGAGAGGUUCCUGUCAAUCAUGCGUAUCUCUCCCCAGUGUGUGAUCGGCGCCGGAAAGUCGCUCGUGGCUGUGUAUGACACGCAAUAUCAGUCCAUGCAGCGCAGCAUUGGGACCGGGGAUAUCCUUCCCGGCAGUUCGGCCGCAAAGGGUCCAAUGGCGUUUGUCACCUAUUUCGCGAAGCUUGGCGUGGCCGUGGCAACACGGGGCAGCACGCUGCUUGCGUUUGAUCUCAGCUCCCUACACAUUGUGUCUUCUACGGCGCCUUCGCUAAAACGGCCCCGAGAUGGCCUCCUGAUCGACGCCAUCGGGCGAGGCGUCAAGUCGUCUGCCACUCAAUGGGGCCCUGUCUCCAAGAAGAACCGGACCGAGCAUAUGGCCUCGCUGGGUCUGAGAUCGUCUGAGCAGGUGGACCAGUGGAACCGGCUGGUUGACGAGCUGACCAAGGCGACGGCCUCCAAGGACACGAGCGCCUUUGACCAAGCGGUGCAGACCUUCUUCGGCACAUUCCCGACGCCCGAACAGUUCGUCCACCCGGAGAUCCCCCUCUUCGUACUGUCGAAGAUUUUUUCUCUGGAGAAGAGCACGACGACCACUACGACAACGGCUUCGGCGUCGGACAAAUCCUCAGCGCCGUCCCAGCUCCGCGUGGCGCUUUGGCCUCAACGAACGUGCGCCUGGCUGGUCGACUCCGGGCGCCUCUCGCUCAACAACAUCGAGAUCGCCCUGCGGCGCACGGUGAAGCCGCGCGUGCUGCCGCCAAUCCCGACAGGGUCACUGGUCCGCGCGCUGAUCGACCUGGACCCGCAGCAGCAGAAACUGCUGUACAUCCUGCAGAGCUCCGCCGUGCUGGCGCCGGCCGAUCUUGCGCACGCGCUGAAAGUCAUCCUGCAGACCUCGACGCCCGAGGCGACCUUCCUCCCCGCCCUCACGGUGACCCUGCAGCAGCUGCACCGGCACCCGCUGCCCGCCGUGACGGCCGCGCUGCGCGAGAGCCUGUCGCGCGCGGAGCUCAUGGCCACGCUGCACCAGCUGCGCAUCGCCCUCGCCACGGGCGGCUUCACCUCGCGCUUCACCGAGACGAUCCCCGAACUGCCCCCGCUCACAACAAGCAGCACCACCUCGACAGACACAGACCCCCCCACGCCCCCCGCCUCCUCCAAUCCGCUAGGCAUCACCACCCCGUCCCCGCUCUCUCUCGAGACAAUCUCCGACCUCCUCCUCGCCGCCGUGGACGCCAUCGGUCCCUCCGGGUGGAUCACCGCGUCCGCCGCCACUGAAGCGGGCCUCAUCGCCGACAUGCGCGCCGAAGUCUCUGCCGCCCUCGCAGGCGUCGAGGAGGCUUCUUACCUCAAGGGGAUCCUACGCGAGUACCUCCGCUACUCGACAGAUGUGAUCAAUACUUCUUCCACUGCUGUUGCUACCUCUACCUCUACUUCUACAGCUGUUGCUACUGCUCCGGCCGUUGCUACCAAUGUAGACGUCCAGUAUGAAAAGCUCAACGGGGCAGACCUCCUCAUCUACCCGGACGAAAGCACCACCACGCCAGAUGAAAGCAGGAUGCUCCCGCUCUCGCUCAAGGCUCCCACGGCCGACGUCGGGCGCACCAAGAUCAAAAAGUCGACGGGAGAGGUCAAGAGCCGCUCGAAUCGCGAGAUCGGAUACCUUCGUCGCAAAGCAGGGGGGAAGUAUUCCUUUGAGCGGUUGGUUGUAUAG